AUGGAGGACGAUGAGGAGACCACGAAGGCGAUUCCACCUUGGGUUGAACUCGAAUACGCGCACAUGCGCAUGCUCGCUGGUCCAGAAGGCCACGUCCAAUUCACGUCUCUCUCCAAGUCAUCCUGCGACUUUCUUUCCAAUGCAUUCAGUGCCGCCUCCGAUCCCAGCCUAUCCAAGGUCUCCGCGCACAGGGACGGCAUCAUGCGCCUUAUGGAAACCCAGGGCAUCCCUCUCGACAAAGUCUGCUUACUCGAUCCCAAAGCCGAAAGCGAACUUGCGCCAGAGGACGGCGACGGUCGAUUUGAAUGGUUUUUGUUCGGGGUAUGUCCUCGCGACGACCCACCGCGCGACCGUACCUCUGAGCUACGGGUUCGUGGAUUCCCCACUCGCCACCUAGGACCCGUGCAAAUGACGACAGACACUGCACUCGGCGUUACCAAGCUUGUCGUUCACGAUAAAAUCCCUCUGAAAGAGAUACCUUACAUCGAUCACCCCACAAUCCGAUUUAACGCGAAAGAAUCCGUCGAGAUGCCAUUUAGGUACAUUGCUGACGGAGAUGAACCCCGCCUCCCUCCAGGGAUGAAGCAGCUCCUGCAUGAAGAUCUCAACAAGACAUUUGAUUUUUAA